AUCUUGUGUGCAAAUCCCAGGCAUUUGGCAUGAUCUGGUCCGUAUCCGUGACGGCCUUGGGAAUAUUGCCCUUUGACGGCAUCUUGGGCCUGGCCUACCCCUCCCUCGCUAUCAGAGGCACCACCCCGGUCUUCGACAGCAUGUGGAACCAAGGCCUCAUAUCUAAGAAUGUCUUCGCCUUCUACCUGAGCAGCAAUAAGGAGAAUGGCAGCGUGGUGAUGUUCGGCGGCGUGGACCCCACCUAUUACCAGGGCAGGCUCCAGUGGGUGCCGGUGAGCAGGCAGGUCCACUGGCAGGUCACUGUGGACAGCAUUUCCAUGGACAGCAAGGUCGUGGCCUGUGCAAACAGCUGCCAAGCAUUUAUGGAUACCGGGGCCUCGCUGGUGACUGGCCCAACCAAUGCCAUCCUCAACAUUCUGAGGAACAUCGGUGCCAGGAAGAUGACAUCUGGCUGGUACAUCAUCAGCUGCACAGCCGUCCAGAGCCUGCCUGACAUCGUCUUCACCAUCAAUGGCGUCGCAUACCCAGUGCCAGCCAGCGCCUACAUCAGGAGGGAGGAGACGGGCAGCUGCUUCGCCAACUUGCAUGGCUCAGACUUCACCAGCUCUUGGGUCCUGGGGGACGUCUUCCUGCGGCUCUAUUUCACCGUCUUCGAUCGGGGCAACAACAGGAUCGGCUUGGCUCCUGCGAGACCAUAGACGUGGGCGCACUGCUGGAGGCUGCCGGCCCGCCCCUGGACUCACACACUCCCUGCGUCCCAAGCACAGCUGUGUCUGGGGCUUUGCCAAGCCCUCUUCUCAGUGGAAAAGAAAGGACUGUGUUUAUGCCCAGCGGUGUGGCUCAGUGAUUGAGCCUCAUCCCAAGCACUCACA